UGCAACCCCAGCGUCAUUUCCUCUUUUUGAAGUCCAGGUGGAGCUGUUGUACCCAAAGCAGGAAGAGGGAAUGGUAGAGUGGGAGAGCCGGAAGAGUGGAGGCAAGGAAUAUUCCAUUAGGCAAGGACUGUCAACGCUAGCACCGUAGGACCCCCUGUUUUCUUAUUUGUAAGCGAAUUUGGCAAAGAAACGUGCAAGCGGCGAAGAUGUGGAAGGCAGCAGCUGGUCAGUCUGUAAAGGUGGCGGUUGAUGAUGGAGGUGAUGACUGGGAGACUGACCCAGACUUUGAGAAUGAUGUGUCCGAGAAAGAGCAGCGAUGGGGUGCCAAGACUGUAGAAGGUUCAGGACAUCAAGAACACAUCAACAUCCACGACCUGCGCAAUAAGGUGUCCUCGGAGCACACCGACCGGAAGCAGAAGGAGUUGGAGGACAUGCCCAAGGCUUCACAUGGGUAUGGGGGCAAAUUUGGCAUCCAGGAGGACCGCAUGGACAGUUCGGCUGUUGGGCAUGACUACCAGAGCAAGCUGUCCAAGCACUGCUCCCAGACAGACACCUCCAAAGGCUUUGGUGGCAAGUUUGGAGUGCAGGCUGAUCGCGUUGACCAGUCUGCUAUGGGUUUCGAGUAUGCUGGGAAGACAGAAAAGCAUGCCUCACAGAAAGACCACUCCGUUGGGUUUGGGGGGCGCUACGGGGUGCAGACUGAUCGGGUGGACCAAAGUGCCUUGGGCUUUGAUUACCAGGGCAAAACCGACAAACAUGAUUCUCAGAAAGACUACUCUAAAGGCUUCGGUGGGAAGUUCGGUGUGGAGACCGACAAGGUGGACAAGAGUGCUGUUGGAUUUGAGUACCAGGGGAAGACUGAAAAACAUGAGUCACAGAAAGACUAUGUGAAGGGUUUCGGUGGAAAGUUUGGAGUGCAGUCUGACCGUCAGGACAAGUCGGCCGUGGGAUGGGACCAUCAGGAGAAACUGCAGCUUCAUGAAUCUCAGAAAGACUACUCCAAAGGGUUUGGAGGGAAAUAUGGCGUCCAGAAGGAUAGAAUGGACAAGAGUGCAGGGACCUUCGAGGACGUGGAGAGACCGUCCUCUGGCUACCAGAAGACCAAGCCUACAGAAGCAGCCAGUGCCAACACUGGGAGCAUUAAGGCUCGCUUUGAGAACAUCGCCAAGGAGAAGGAGGUAGAGGACCGGAAGCGCGCUGAGGAGGAGCGGACCAGGCGGCAGGUCAAGGAGAAGCAGGAGCAGGAGGAGGCGCGCAGGAAACAAGAGGAGGCAGCCAAAGCCAAACCACCAUCUCCUGUACCUAGCCCUGUACCUAGCCCUGUACCUAGCCCCACCCCAGCUGCCCAGCCAGUGUAUGAGGAGGCAGCCAAAGCCAAAGCACCAUCUCCUGUACCUAGCCCUGUACCUAGCCCCACCCCAGCUGCCCAGCCAGUGUAUGAGGAUGCAGAGCUGUAUGAGGAGCCUCCUCAAGAGAGCACGGAUAAUGGCAACAAUGUCUACGAGGCAGCGCCUGUGUCUGCUCCAGCUGAACAGACCUACGACGAACCUGCUCAGGACGACAUGUACCAGAAUGUGGAGCAGGACUACAAGGCAGGAGGAGGAGGAGGAGGAGGAGGAGGAGGAGGAGAUGCCCAGACUUAUGACUACGGAGAGGACCUGGGCGUGACUGCUGUGGCCCUCUAUGACUACCAGGCUGCUGGCGAGGAUGAGAUUUCCUUCGACCCCGACGACAUCAUUACCAACAUCGAGAUGAUUGACGAGGGAUGGUGGAGGGGUGUGUGUCGGGGGAGCUACGGACUGUUUCCAGCCAAUUACGUGGAGGUUCGGCCAUGAGGCCGCAGCCCACCCGUUGGCCACGCCUUACCUGCCAAGCCCAACUCCCUGGAGGAGAGAGGCCUUCCUUCCCGCUCUUUUCUUAUCUCAUCCUUCUCUUUUUCUUUUCUUUCACCACCCCCAGUCUAUCACGGCCUUCUCAAAAGUCUCAGGACUGUCAGCUCUGCUGCAUUUCUCUUUCGGUCUUCAUUCUGGUUCAUUCACGCUCUACUCUUCCCUACUGUUCGUCAGAAUCUCACAUCCUGUUGGGAGGUGGCGGUAAAAACAGAACCUGUAGCAGGUUGGAAAGGAGGGAUUCCUGUAACACGUAUUCCCUGUGGCUCCUAACACAGAAGAAUGGAUUUCCCUUUACAACUGCUAGUGUAUCUUCAUUUAGCGUUUUCUCAUAGUCAACCCUCUCUCCAGACUAGGCCUGAUGUGUUAGAAAGGCUUAAACAACACCCCCCCCCCCCCCCCCCCCAGAGUAUUGACCGUGCAGUGCAACCUCACAUCACAAGCCAUGUGGAGGUAUUAGGAUCACCAAAGAUGAGGGAACUAUUCUAUCUUGCAGAAAAAAAAAAUUACCAUGUCGGUGUAAUCUUUUCCUCCUGAAGGAAACCCUAUGUGUUUCACUUACGCUUCUAGUACUCACACAGAGACUUGCUUCUCUUGGAAUCCAUGGUUAUCGUAGCCUGUAACUGUUAAGCUGCUCGAAUUAUUUUCUUUCUUUUUAUUAUUAUUUGUAAUGGGUACACGGUAACUCUUGUGUUUGCUAUGAUGAGAAGAAAAGAAAAAUGAAAAAAAAAUGUUUCUUUACUUUGAACAGUCUCUCCAUCUAGACAGAUUCACUAGUGUGGUGUAUGAUGCAACAUUAAUGACACCGCUUAGCAGCCUGAAAUAAACAUCAGGCUGAAAAAAAAUUAAAAUAAAAAAAAACUUUGACUUGCUAGCUGCGGUCCAAUAAUGUGUUAAGGUUCCACUUAAGAAUAUAUAUAUAUAUGAGAAGAUUACAGUGUUUGGAAAUAAAUAUAUUGAGAAAACGCAGCCCAUCCUGCCGUGUCCACAUGUAGAGGAUGACUGUGUAUGUUGUUCCAUAGGCAUGCGUGUCUUAAGUGUCUUGUUCUGUUCCAUGUUUUGUGUGGGAUACGGUGACGUAUGGGUACUCUCCAUCAUGGCCAACACAUUUGAAACUAGCAGAAGAACGAUUGACUUCAGGUUCUGUUUGUCUGUGAGAUUCUAAACAUGACACUGUGUGACGCUUCUUCAUUUUAACUGAUGAUGACAAUCCCAUCCUGUUACCAUGGGUAUCGUUUCGGCUUUUGAGUACCUAUACUAAAAUGUAUGAGUGAUUUUAAAUGGCUUCAUUGGGUUGGGGUUUUAUAAUAAAGUGACCUUUACAAGUAUUUCAUUUUCAUGUUUUUGAUUCAGUCUCAGUCUACUUGAUUGUUGAUUUUUUUUAAAUAUUAAAAAAAAAAAAAUAGUUAAAACAUACUCACGGUUACUCAUAAUACGUCACCAUGUGUAAUACAAACCAGCCACACAUAGUUUGAAGUGCAAACAGAUGCAAAUCAAAUGUAACAUGAUGGUUAACAGUCUGUGUAGCAUUUCCAGUCCACUGGAGGCUAGUAGUUUUUCUGUCCUGUCUGAACAGUUCUUCGUUUGUUUACUUCUUGGCUAAUAAAACUGUUAUCUGAAA